GUGGAGGGAGACGCUACAAGUAAGUUCUAUAGGUUGACCAGCCCUCGUUCUUCAUCUCCUAAGUUAUAUCUUCAAGCUGCUGUGAGGACAGAAACUAAAUUACUCAAGCCAUUGCUGCAGGUCGUUGCUGUCUCGCUGUCCCUGUUCGUUGGCUGGAGCCGCAUCGCUGAUGACAAACAUUUUUUAACCGAUGUUUCGGCCAGGUUUGUACUUGGAGCCAUUCAGUUUUGCAUGGUUUGUGGUGAGUCAGGCGCUGCAUUUGCUGUAAUCAAAACUAAUCAGUACAACCUUAGCACAGGGCAAGUUUGCUCAUGCACUUUAUACCCAAAUCUGAACAGCCCGAUUUUGAUUUAACAUAAAUACGAGGCUUUAGGGACAACAUUGAAAAUUUUUCACGAUUCCAUUGCAUCGUAAUUCUCUGAUCGACUUGAGCACAAAGGAUGAUCAAACCAAACACAGAAACUAUGACCAGAAAGAAUUUUACACAGAACGUGGGUUAUUAUGAGUACCCUUUACUUUUCUGUCGAAGACCUUGCCCUUUGUUGUGAAGCCUAAACUCGCACCGGCCCGAGAUUCAUACCGGGAUGACUUGGGUCAUUUCAUAUCUCGUUAUUGAAGGUACACUUCAUGUUGAUAAAAUACACGUGUAAUUCAAAAUCGCAAACAUUACGCAUGCGCUACCCGUUCUAGUCUACCAGCAAACUGAUUUCACACCGAAAGGGGUGGUCGUUUCGUGUUUACAUGAUACCGUUGCGAGAUUUCGUACCGGAGUGAAAUUCUCGCCCCGGUAUAACAACCGGGGUGAACUCACGCCGGGGUGACUCGCGCCGGCAUGACAUUUUUGUGGUGGUAUCAUGUAAACAAAUACAUUAAAAACCCGCUUAUAAGAACCUAAGCUUUAAGAACCUGUUAGGCUAAAAUUUUUAUUUUAAACUCCCUUUUUAUGAGAACCUAUUUAGCUUAAAAUUUUCAACAGGUUCUUAUUUUUACAAAAAUGAAGGAACAAAUGAAACACAGAAAAAAAAAUUUUUAGUCUAGGUUUCAGUCAAUAAGAUACAAACAAUAAACAAAAAUGAAAACCAUAUCAUGUCUUUGCCAAUACUGGAUAACACAAAGCAAUUAUUAAGAAUACGCUACAUGAGAUCCAUGUGUCUCUCUCAUAGUUAUCUGUGCUGAUCACUACUGCCCCUAUCAAAUUAAGAACCUUUUUAAGAACCUAAGUAGCCUAAAAUCCCACUAAAUGCCAUUUCAGUAAGAACCUAUUAAGGCUAAGUUGAAAAAAUCUCGGUUCUUAUAUAUGGGUUUUUACUGUAUGCAGUCAUGAGAGGAAACCGGAGCGAACUCGCUUCUAAAUUCUAAUGGUUGGUUCUUCUAUAAACUGCUCUUUUCUGAAGAUAGAGAAAAAAGAGAAGGAAAAAAGUUGACCCUCACUACCCGGACGCUUUCUCCUGUGAGUCAGGUCACUCCAAGGAGCACACUUAUUACCCAUCGAAUAAAUCAGAUAAUAGCAGGUGGUUCUCUCUUUUCUUUUUAAUCGCAGGCGCUCAAGAUCCUGAAGUUCUUUGCUGUUUGAAUCCCCAAGCUAAAAGUAUACACACUGUUGCCACAGCAAACAGCAACAGCGGACAACUGGCACAGGUGAAUGAAACUACUUGA